CGAGUCAAAUUCACUUUGCCGCACCACCCACAGGAGGAGCGCGCGCCCAAUUGAAUCAAAGCUCGCCGCUGCGUUUGGAAGCAACGUUCACUUGAGUCCCCGUGGGUACGCAGCACAUUUCUCUCUGUCUUACUCUAUAUACUCACUAGUCCACCUCUGAAAGGUACAGACCCCUAAAGAGGAGAAGAAAACGAAGGGAGGGGAAGGAAGAAACAGGAGAGACUGCAGUUGGUGCAUGGCAUGAAGACGCGACUGUUGGGGACCCGGCUGAGCAUGGCACAUUAUGCCAGGAUAAGAGCAGAUUCGGGCUCUUAGAUAUGGGUUUUUAUAAUAAGAAACCCUUAAGUUUGCAGGAGUAACGGGUUAGGAAUGCGCUUGAUGUCGUUCGCUGUGACGCUUUGGAUGCGCAAAUCUGGAUGGGAUGAAAUCGCGUAACCGGGAGCCAAAUCUAGGCGCUUAACGUAAGACCACCGAUCUGAGCUCCCCAGAGCUGCGUUAAACCAAUUCUUCUGCCCCUCGCAGCCGUGUUAAGGGGGCAACCACAGAAAGUUUCGCGAUGGCUCUCGUCAUGGAACCUGUUAGUAAAUGGAGCCCCAGUCAAGUUGUGGACUGGAUGAAAGGUCUGGAUGACUGUUUGCAGCAGUAUAUAAAGAACUUUGAACGGGAGAAGGUAGGAGGUGACCAGCUGCUGAGGAUCACCCAUCAGGAGCUGGAAGAUCUGGGGGUGUCCCGCAUCGGACAUCAGGAGCUGAUCCUGGAAGCUGUGGACCUGCUGUGCGCUCUGAACUACGGGCUGGAGACUGAAAACCUGAAAACUCUCUCUCACAAGCUCAAUGCCUCUGCCAAAAACCUGCAGAACUUCAUCACGUGCCGCAGACGCAGCGGUCAUUACGAUGGCCGGACGACUCGUAAGCUGCCCAACGAUUUCCUCACAUCAGUGGUGGACCUCAUUGCUGCUGCUAAGAGCCUUCUAGCCUGGCUGGAUAGGUGUUACUUCUUUUGCAGGUCACCAUUUGCUGCUGUUACAGAUUAUUCCAUGACCAGGAACAACGUGAUUCAGCUGUGCUUGGAACUAACUACCAUAGUACAGCAGGACUGCACCGUCUAUGAAACUGAAAAUAAGAUCCUCCAUGUGUGUAAGACAUUGUCUGGGGUAUGUGACCACAUCAUCUCACUGUCAUCAGACCCACUGGUCUCCCAGUCGGCACAUCUGGAAGUGGUACAACUGGCUAAUAUCAAACCUUCAGAGGGUCUGGGAAUGUACAUCAAAUCCACAUAUGAUGGUCUUCACGUUAUCACAGGAACCACCGAAGGGUCUCCAGCAGAUCGCUGUAAAAAGAUCCACGCAGGUGAUGAGGUCAUCCAGGUGAACCAUCAGACAGUGGUGGGCUGGCAGUUGAAAAACUUGGUAAACUCUCUGCGCGGGGAUCCUGCCGGUGUGACAUUGACCUUGAAAAAGCGUCCCCAGAGCACUCUCACCUCUGCCCCAGCCCUACUAAAGAACAUGAGAUGGAAGCCCCUGGCCCUGCAGCAGCCAGUCAUUCCCAGGAGUCCGACCAGCAGCUCGGCCACGCCCACAAGCACCAUCAGCACACCCUCCAAGCGUGAUAGCUCCGCCCUCCAAGACCUGUAUAUCCCGCCCCCUCCAUCCGAGCCGUACACACCCAGAGAUGAGAAAGGCAUUGUCCCGGGGGAUGUUGGGGUACCAAUCGCAAAAGGGUCAGAAUCACCGAACUCAUUCCUGGAUCAAGAGUAUAGACGACGAUUUCCUCUCGUGGAAGAAGAGGCCGUCCUGUACUGCUACGAGUAUGAACCCAACCACGGACCUACAACAUCCCGCCGAGACAGCACACCUACUUACGGUCGUCUGAGGCCUAUCUCUAUGCCUGCAGAGUAUAACUGGGUUCCUGACUACGAGGACCCAGCUAGAAUGAAGAGAGAAGGUCGGAGAGAAAACUCUCUGUUGCGGUAUGUAAGUGAUGAGAAGGCUGCCGAACUAGCGGGGCGCAGCAUGAAGAGAGACACGGGAAAACGCGGCAAGAAGAAGAGUGAGAAGAGCGGGAGCCCCACCCACUACACCCUUCUCCCCACCCUCCAAAUGGAGGUUCUCCGUCAGGAAUCCAUGAACAAGUCUAACCCCGACUCCACCUCUCUAUACCAUACAUUCCAGGGAUCCUCUCUGCUCUCCAAGACCAAGAAAAAGAGUAAAGGGGCUCCGCUGUCCUCCAUCAGUAAGAGACGAAUCUCCUGUAAGGACCUGGGUCGUGGGGACUGUGAGGGCUGGCUGUGGAAGAAGAAGGAUGCAAAGAGCUAUUUCUCGCAGAAAUGGAAGAAGUACUGGUUUGUUUUGAAGGACGCCUGUUUGUACUGGUACAUGAAUGAAGAGGAUGAGAAAGCCGAAGGUUUCGUCAGCCUCCCUGAGUUUAAGAUCGACAGAGCCAGUGAAUGUCGCAAAAAAUAUGCAUUUAAAGCAUGCCAUCCCAAAAUCAAGAGCUUCUACUUCGCAGCAGACGGCGUGGACGAUAUGAACAGAUGGUUGAGUCGUCUCAACAUGGCGGCUGCCGGCUACGCAGAAAGAGAGCGAAUCCGUCAAGAACAGGCAGACUACUGGAGUGAAAGUGAACACGAAGACAAUGACACGCCCUCGACACCCAAGCAAGACAGCCCACCGCCCCCUUAUGACACAUACCCACGGCCCCCCUCGAACCAGGUGAGUUGUGCCAGUCCUUACCUAGAACCCAAGCACGGCCGCCUCUCAUCCACAGAAACUUCCCAGUCUCGCUCCUCUCACGAGGAGUACCGCUCUGAACCGCAUGGGGGUAGCAGCAGCGGAGGAGGUUCCCCAGCUCGGAAGUCCACCAGCCAACGGCGCUCAUGGCAGGACCUGAUUGAAACCCCUCUGACCAGCUCAGGCCUCCACUACCUGCAGACGCUGCCCCUAGAGGACGCUGUGUUCUGUGAGCCAGGUCCAGGUCUUUCUCCAGAAUAUCGCCGCCAAUCCACUCUGCCUGCCCAACGCACAAUGAUGCAGGAACAUUACGGGCCCUUCCCAUUGCUCGAAGGGGAGAGGCUCCGAGACCCUUGUAAUGCAGCCGGGAAACCCCGCAGCUUCACCUUGCCUCGGGAUAGUGGCCUGCAUGCCCUCCUCACACCCUCCGCCAGCAUGGCAGAACAACGGGACCCCGGCCGUAGGGAGCUCAGCCGUUCACACUGCAUCAAUAACGGCGGGGAGCAGGAGUGCCACGGGCAUGCGGAUUCGCUUGGUGAUUUGUACCGGGCGCUGGAGCGUGCCAGUCUGUCGCCUAUUGGUGAGCACCGCCUUUCCACCCGUCUGGAAUACAAACACCUUUUCAUCCGGCGUUGCAACGAUCCACAGCUAAAUGACAAACUGCAUCAUCUCCGCAUCCUGCAGAGCACGCUAAAGGACAGGGAGGGCGAGGUAGCACUGAUUGACAAGCUGCUGGCCAAUCCUAAGCUCACGUCCUCAGAGUUCCAGGAAUGGAAGAAAGUUUACAUGGAGCUGUUUUCAGGAGAGCCACAGCGGGACCGUCAGCCAAGCCCCGCCUCCGAGCCCAGCCCUGCGACCACACCUGAACCCGCCCCUCGCACACCCUCCCUCUCGCACACGCACUCCUACAUCGAGACUCACGUCUGACACACACAAUUGCACGCUUCGAACAAUCUACACAAAAAUACCACCACAUUAUUUGAAGUAUUUAUCAUUCACAUCCAGAGAACACUGUCUCCCUUUCAUCAUGGACCUUAGACAGUCAAACUAAAGUAAGGGUUGAAUUGGUGUUUCUGGACUCUAAUUUUGCAUUUUAAUUUAUGAGGCUGUGAGGAAUAUUUAUGUACAGAAUUAACUUAAUAAUGCAUUGAUGUGUGAAUCAACAAGUUACAUUAUUCAGUAAUCAACAUAAAAUAAACCAAGGUGUUAUAGAGAGCAUCUCGGAAUACAUGCACAGGGCGCACUUUAAGUAAAUACUUAAAAAUGUUUCAUAUUUGUUUGUAUCCAUUUAAGCAAUGCAAGUUGAUAUUUGUCAUUUUCUUAUGAAAUAUAGUGUUUAUGGUCUACAAUUUUUGCAGAAAAUAUAUGGAAUCACAAUAGUUAGUUUUGACCCUGCCUAUAAGUGACAGAUUUUUGUUUUGUUUUUGUUUUUUUUUUUACAUUUAAUUUAAAUGUAUCAUGGAUAUUUGAUAUAUCAGCCAAUAUCUGCUAUUUAAUUGUGCAUGCACAUAAUUUUUUACACUUGGAUUACCUGUCACCUAAUACUCAAUUGAAAUAUUUUUUUAAAAACUAUUAACUAAUGAAUUAAUAAUUUAAAAACAAAUGUAAAAAUAAAUAUAGUAUGUUAUAAUUUUGUGAUGCCUAAAUUCACUUUUAGCAUGUUACAGUACACUAUACAUUUAAAAAAUAUAUAUUUAGAAGAAUUUUUCAGAUUUUUUAUUUUUAUUUCAGUUUAUCCCAUAGUUUCAUUUUAAGUCUGAACAGUCAACAUCACAAUCUCCACAAUUUUAAUCGAUUAAACACACUGUACUUCUAUGCCUCACAGCCUUGUUUUAAUUGAUGUCAAAUUUGAUACAGCUUCUUCCCUGAUUAAGGUCUUUAAACACAAAUUCACUUCUCACAUUUGCUUGUGCUUUCACAUUCUGACAGCAAUUACAGUCUCAGUCUACAUGUGCUUUUUAAAUACUUGAAAAACGUUGUUUACGCAGGCACAGAUAGCUGUACAAACAAAGCUCUCUCGAUGGCUAGAUUCACAACCCGCAAGCUUCAGAGUAUGCCACGUCUGUACAAGGGGUUGCCAUGGUUACCAGUCCUCCAGGCGGCUCAGACGAGGACAGACAAUGCCGUCGCACGGAGAACAAACCUGGCCUACCGCUAGACAGGAACCAACGGACUGAACUCUGAGAGGAAAUGCACAUCUGAUGCGCCGUUCGAACUCUAAACACACUGACUGGCACAUUGUGAUCCUGUGUUUGUCUGUCUUUUUGAAGCUAAUCUCUCAGUGGACACAGACGGUCAUCACACAAGUUAUCUGCUAUGUUUAUUUGCUACUUUAGCAUACUAUAUACUCUACUGUAUGAUACUAUAUGAUCCGAUGUUAUACAUCGGCUGGCCCCGACUUAUAGCACUUGUACAUUUGUGUGGAAGUUGUGUGCGUGUGCAUGAACAUGGAACACUUAUGUGGUUUUCUCAUCUCACCACAAUCUGCGUAGAGUGUUUCGAUACACCAAAAGGCAUAUUCCCAGUUCAAAAUCAGAUCAGUUCUAUUGACAGCAUCUUUGGCUUGGUGCCAGUUUCCACAGUCAGCAAUUUUGACUCGACUCAUAGUAAUGCUCUUAAAAUGGAAGGCUAUGGGACAAGCCAAUUUUCGGGCAGAAAAGCAGCUUAUGUUUGUGUCUCUAAAGUUGUCUAAGUGAUCCUUGUGAGACUUUUCGUGGAGCAGAACCUCUGGUAAUUCCUGAAGCGGGAUUUGUUUCUGUGUAAACAGACCUUUUCUGGUAUACUUGCGCUUAUCUUACAAAAGUUACAAGGUUUAUAGACUUCACACAGUCAAGAGUUGCAGUACAACACUUUUACAGGUUAGUUUAUUAAUUUGUACAUUGUAAUAAUUUGAUGCAAUAAAUUCAAUGUAAGGAAUGCACAUUUUAGUUAUAUAUUUGUGAUUUAUUUAGAUUUUCAUGUAUUUUAAAACAAUAUAGAAUUUUUAUAUUUUAUCACUUAUUGUCCAUAACAUAGAUAUAAUUAUUGGCUUAUCCGUAUAGGCCACUUUUUAUAUACCAAUGCAUCUCCAAUAGUUAUAAUGCUUAUUAUUAUUAUGAUUAUCCUGCGUAAUAUUUAAGUCCUGUGAAUCUAUGAGUUUUUGAUGUCGUAAACCUUAUUUUAGCAUAUAUUGUGGACCAGUGCCUUGUCCCAAUUAGAAACGAGUCAAAAUAAUUGAAUGUGGUAAUUGACAGAAUGCUAAAAAUGCUGUAGAUAGUGUUCAGCUUGUACUGAACCUGGAAAAUGUCUGUGUCGUGAACACUUCUCGACAGAGCGUAACGCUUUGCCAGACUCGGCCUCUGAUAACGGAUGAGUGUUCAGUGAAAUGUGUGGGCUUUGAUUGGAAGAAAAUUGCACAGGCUCCAUUAUCAAGAAGCAGCAUUAUCUCUGUAACAUGAGUCAAAUUAUGGAAGUUCUCUCUUCACUACUGUUUCCUGAUAUUAUGAGGUGAAAAUGAGAAUUCAUAAUCAAAACGGGACGGCACUUACAAGUGAUUGUGUGUCUGUGCACAAGGUGUGCUGUUCAUUUUGAAUGCUUAAUCUGAAAGAAGUUUUAUGCACUAUUGUGUUCAAUUCAAAAAAUUUUGGAGAAUUUGAAGUAUAGUAUUAUGUUUAAUUAUUGCAUACUUCUGUUUGGAUUCAAGUUUUCCAUUUCUACAAGCUGCCAUGCAGCUGUCCUGCACAGUGCUGCUAGUUAAGAGACAUUUAUGUCAAGACACCAGUGAGUUUAUAUGACAGACGUGGUCAUCACGACACAUUGCUGGUCCCAGCCCAGGGACUCGCCGGCGAUCAAAUCUGAUCAAAUCUGUUGCCCUGAACUCACCCCAGCAUCUGUCAGAAGCAGCAGCUCGACUCCUGAAAAUACAUGUAUAUCGUAAUUCGGGAGGCUGUCCAUCUUUAUAUACUCUCAUAGCAAAACAUCUCUUUCUGCAUGGCUUGUAGAUAUACCAGAGUCAUUUUUUUUAUUAUUAUUUCUAAACCGAAGCUGCCAAAUGAUUUAAUGUCAGUGUUUCAACUGUCAGGAAGGCUGUGCAGACCAAGAAGCACUCAGGCUCUCAGCAGACACAAAAAUGCUUUAUUUGUGAGUUUUAGGAACAUACUGAAUGUUCAGAAGAGAGUUUAUUGUAUGAUAAGAUGUGUAUUAUAUGAUGUACAUUGAUAUUUCAGGUAUGACUCUGAUGAUAUAAUGGAGCACAUUUCAUUCUGUAUGUAAUCAAGACAAUUAGCUUGAUUUAGUGAGAGACUCGGGUGCUAAUGUGUCCAUGAGAAUCAUGGGAAUGCAUUAGCUCUUAGCGAAAGUGAUUACAAGUGGGUCUAGAGCUACUAGAACAGAUGUUUAAUGGUAUUUUACUUUAGUAGUAGAUCAAAAUGAUUGUUAAUUUAGUGAAAACCAUGUUAUGUUUCUUUAGCAGCCCAUUUUUUAACACAAAGUUGUUGUAAAACCAUCUAGUUUAUCAGUAUCUGUGCUGCUGCCUGUCUUUAUUAUGAGUAGGGCAUGUCAUUUGGGCAGUGCAGUUUUCUAUGUGUUGUGUUUAGCAUACAACCUGGUAAAGUUUACUUCAUUUAUUACAUUAAUUUAAAAGAGACGUGUUGCUUUUUCCAGAUUUCAGUGUGAUUAUACCUAGAGUCAAUAAACUUUUAUGGAUG